ACGCCCAAACGCUUUUAGAGCUGUGGCCUCGCAGUUAAUAGCGAUACUGAGCAAUUAGCCUAUUAUUCUUUCGUGAAACUUUGCCCAAGCAGGUAAAGUUUUCACAGGAAGCUGUGGUUUACAUGUUGACAACGUUUUUGGUGUUCGAAAAGUGCAGGGAAAUGCCUGUGAACAAUAACUACAAGAAAGUAGCACCGAAUGCAGCGGCCCGGUUCACCAAGCUGCCCCUGGUUCGCUCAGCCUGCUCCACCCUGGCGCUCCUGUACAGAGAUGUUAAGAGCAGAAACCAAAGUCUGAAAUCUGUGUGUGAGGCUCUGGAGAGCAGAGUGACCUCCCUGACCUCCGCAGCUUGCUCCACUGCUUCACCUGUUAUUGUUAAACUGGAGCCACAGAUCUCCAUUGCAAAUGAUUUUGCAUGCAAAGGUCUAGACUGGCUGGAGUCUUCAUUUCCUGUUCUUCUGUCCCCCCCAGAUGAGAUUGUUGCUGCUGCCAAAAACAAGGUAAAUGAAAUUCAGGAUGUGGCAUGCUCUGCAGCAAGUGGGACAUGGAUGAUCGGCAGGCUGCACCAGACGGAUGGAGCUAAGCAGUCGGUGGUGGAGAGAGCAGUUGGUGUGGCCUGUGUGGGACUGGAUUCUGCUCUGACAUUGUCAGAAGCUCUGGUGGACCAGGUGCUUCCGCCAUCUGAAGAGGAGAAAGAAGAAGUAGCCCUCUUGGUGGAGGGUUUUGAGGCAGUGGUUCGCUCAGGAAGUUUCUCUGGGAGAGUGAUGAAACUUACCGCUCAAGUGUGUAGAAGGAUGUACCACAUGGUCGGCUUAAAGAUCCACUCUGUUCAGAUCACAGGGAGUUCAUCCAGACCGGCCACUCUGGUUCAGGAAUUUCACACAGGCUGUCAGUCUAUGCUGUGGAGCCUCCAAGCUCUACCUCAAUUCUUGCAGCAUCAGGCGGUUUCUGUUUUUCUCUUCAUUAGACAGAUGUACAAUCUGAGCUGUCCGUCCUCCCAAAUGGAAAAACAAACUAAGAGCCACAUCAGAGCUGCUGAGGCUUCCUUGCUGUCCAAGGAGAAGGCUCACCCUCAGAGUACGACGGCUUUCAGAAUGAGGCCCACCAGGACGUCCGUGUUUGAGAAUGGUUGUUUGGUUAAGGGAUGUGUACGUCGUUAAGUUGGAUUAUGUUGCCGUUUGAUUUUUGGAUAUAAAAUGAAUUUACCUAUGUGUGUGUAUAUAAAUGCUUAAAUGGU